AUGGCCUAUGACCGCUACACUGCCAUCUGCUACCCGCUGCUUUAUCAUGCUACUAUGUCUAAAGUUCGUUGUGUCCUCAUGGUGACAGGAUGCUACCUUGGGGGGUUAGUUAACAUGGUUGCUGUGACAAGUUCCAUUACACAGCUGUCAUUUUGUCCACCACGUGUUCUUCCUCACUUCUUCUGCGACAUCCCUCCACUGCUGGCAUUGGCUUGUUCAGACCCCUGGAUCACCCAGCUAUUGGUUGUUGGCUGUGGGGGAUUCACGCUGAUCACCUCUGUUGUAGUGAUCCUUGUCUCUUACUUGUAUGUCCUCAUGACUAUCCUGGGAAUUCCCUCAGCUUCCGGCAAACACAAAGCCUUCUCCACUUGCGCUUCUCACUUGACUGCUGUUGGUCUGUACUAUGGAACAACCAUGUAUACUUACUUGGAACCCUCUAGACAUGGAUCUCAAGCUGGAAAUCAGAUGGUCUCAGUGUUUUAUACAACGGUAAUCCCUAUGUUAAAUCCUCUUAUCUACAGUUUGAGAAACCAGGAAGUAAAAGCUGCCUUAUGGAAAAUACUGAGGCGCCAUCGCUAA